AUGAUCAGAGGGAGACCCACUUUCAAAAAAUUUAAAUGUCUUACAUGUCUAUUCAUUCCACGCAAUAACAAACAUGAACCCGAUCCCGACAAAAAUGAAGAAGAUUUGGCCGAUAAAUUUGCGCAGUUCCUGGACACGAGAGGUGCCCUGUCCGAGCUCCAACAGCUCUGGAACAACGCUGAAACCAAUGUAGAGGAACCCGCCUGCAGUAAAUGGGAGGGUCAGAUCUCCGAUCUGGACAGUGGUGCCAAAAAGACCGGGCGAAACGGCGUUUUGAUCCGAUCCAACGGUCUCAUUGGCCGUCUUGGACAGGGUCUGGAUCGAGAUACCGAUCACAGUGCCCAAGUAUGCUCCAAUGGCCGUGACAAAUUGCGAGCUCAUGGCCUGCCAUUUGGUGAAACCACCCUGAAUCAACAGGGCAAAAUCCCCCACUUCGUGUGGGAUCUCGUGGAAAAACACCGCCAAUGUUGUAGUGCAGCCGACCGUGUUGGAGAUGUAGAACGAGGACGCAAUGGCCAGUCCGUCGGUAAUAUUGUGACUGAGAUCGUGGGACUCGUGUUCGAAAUGGGAAUUGAGUUCCUGGACAACCUGACAUUGAUCCAGCUUUUCGUUCAACAGGUCCAGGUCCAAUGUUCCGUCUUCAAAGAACAAUUGUUUUGUAGAGGCGACCGGGUUCUUGAACGAGAACGCACUGGCCACUGCCAAAAUGGCAAAGAUACUAAACACCUUGGAAUAAAGCAUUUUAUAAAUAAAAUCAAGGCAAAAAAAACAUUUCGACAUUCUAUAUUUAUAUCCACCAUGUUGCGCAGAGAACCAACCACAAUCAAAUUGACGCCCGACGAUGUCAAGGAGUUCUACCGAGAACAGACGUACAACACGAUUGUGGGCACCACAGAGAUGGAGAACCAGAACCAGGGAGUGGAGAGAGAACAAAAGUCCAUCAAGGAGAGGGUGUUGGGAGAAAGAGAACAUAGUCGAUAA